UAUAAAAAAAUAAUCUCAGAAAGUAAACAUUUUCGAUUAAAGUAUUCAUAACUACCUACCAAUCCAACUACCACAUGCUUGUCCCAUGCUGCACUAAAAAUACUAUAAGAGGGGCAAACUUCGUCCCAUCUUAGAACCAAGUUGCUGUAGCCUAUACGCUAUACAUUCAAGGAAUCAACCAUCCCAACUCCCUCUCUCUCUCUCUCUCUCAUGGCUCAAACAACUCCAAACCAUACACAAACUGUUUCUGGCUGGGCAGCCCAUGAUUCCUCUGGCAACAUCACCCCUUACACCUUCAAAAGAAGAGAAAAUGGCAUCAACGAUGUGACCAUCGAUAUCUUGUACUGUGGUAUAUGCCACACUGAUCUUCACCACAUUCGCAACGAUUGGGGCAUCACCAUGUACCCUGUUGUCCCCGGGCAUGAAAUAACAGGGUUGAUAAGCAAGGUGGGAAGCAAUGUGAGCAAGUUCAAGAUAGGGGACAGGGUGGGCGUGGGAUGCUUGGCGGCGUCGUGUUUGGAAUGCGAGUUCUGCAAGGACUCGCAGGAGAACUACUGUGGCCAGAUUCAGUUUACAUACAAUGGCAUUUUCUGGGAUGGUAGCAUCACCUAUGGUGGCUACUCCAAAAUGCUUGUUGCAGAUCACAGAUAUGUGGUGCAUGUGCCAGAAAACCUACCAAUGGAUGCAGCAGCACCUUUGUUGUGUGCUGGUGUAACUGUGUUCUGCCCAUUGAAGAACAACAUGCUUGAGCUUGACUCCCCUCCCAAAAAGCUCGGAGUGAUCGGACUCGGAGGGCGCGGACAUAUUGCUGUCAAAUUCGGCAAGGCCUUUGGUCACCAUGUCACUGUCAUCAGCACCUCCCCAUCUAAAGAAGACGAGGCUAAACACCAGUUGGGUGCAGACGAUUUCAUUGUCAGCACUGAUCUUGCUCAAAUGCAGAUGAUAUGCCUUACAAAAUGAGCCGUAUAGAUCAUAGAUGUGAACAUGGGAUGGGCUCUAAAACAAGGCACACCACAACAGUUAUUAUAUCAAGGCACAACAAAGAUCUAAUAAGGUGCGUAUUGAUAUAUGUUCAAUCUGAUUUUUUAUUAACGAUCUAUUUAGUUAGGAGAUUUAAAAGAGAUUUGAAAAGAAAAAAAGAAAAAAUGUGUGAAACUAUUAGGGGAUUUGGAAAAGAAUUUAGAAAGGAAAAGAGAAAAAGAGACUAUUAUAUCAUUCUUAUCUAUUUAUUGUCAAAAUCUGCGUGAUCUUAUUUCCUCCUAAGUUGUCAUAUCAUUCUUAUCUAUCUAUUUGCUCGAUAUUUAUGGGGAUGUAGUUAUUGAGAUGAGAACCGCGAAGAAAUUCAUUUUAUGAAACUGAAUUUGUCUUUGUACUCGUACAAAAUUAGAAGCAUGAGUAGAAAGAGGAAGAUUUUUUUUUUUGAUAUUUUGUUGACAUAGUGUGGAAUCUAUCCAUUUGUGUGCAAUAACUUGGUUUUCCAUUUUAAUUUCUUUAUUUUUGUUUAUUUGGUGAAUGACAAAAUUUAUUGAAAAAGAUGAAAAGAAUCAAACAGAGUACAGAAUAGAAAUCAAUGGAGGAGAACCUCUACACCAAGCUAGCCAACACAAACAAACUACCAUCUCCUAGAUAGAGCAGAAACAGAGCAUACUACUAUCAACAGAAAAGCAUAACAAACAGCCCAAAUUGGAUUAAUAGUUUUCCUAUUUUUUUAAUAUCUUGAUGUACAGGUGAUUUAUCAAC